AUGACAUUGAAAAUCCCAUUUUACAAGGAUAAGAAAAGGAUAGCUUGGUUAGUCUGGGCCCUUCUCAAGAAUAAUAAAUUUAGCAAACACCUGUUCUACAUUGUUACUCUCUGCGAGUAUUGCAGUCUCUACUUCUUCGUUCUGAUGAUUGGAAUAUAGUAUGAUCAAGAAAAUGAUGGAUCAGGUGAUGGAAAUAUGGCUCGAAGCUAAGGAUUAGCCCACAUCCUCUACAAUGCACAGCUUUCUUAGUAAUACAAGAAUUUAUACUUAAAUGAACAACUACUAAUGCUUACAACCUACAUUAUAGCUGGUUUUUACCUCAUAAUUUUGCUUAUUGCACUUUUCUUGGUUAUCUAUUUUGAUUCACCCAUUAAGGCUUCCUCACCCAAUUUUUUCGCAAAAAUACUCUCAAUCAUGGUUAUUGUACAAUCCAAACUUUUCUUCACAAUAGAGGUUUGGGUAGUAGUGAGUGCUUUUGCACUUCAAACAAAUUCUGAGACCUAUUUUACAAUGGUUGUACUUAAUACUUUGAAUGUAAUCAUGAUGCUGAUCGUGGAUUUUUUCUUAUUUAAACUGUUUAAUGUGCGUGUGAAGAACUAAAUGAUAGUUUGGGGCUAGGUCAACAACAUUCAUUACUAUUGCUUAAUGGCUCUAAAAUGCUUCCUAGCAUCGGCUCACUUAAUUGACAGUGUUAAGACGAAAAUCGCUCUAACUUCUAUAUUUACUUUGGCAACUUAGAGUCUUGUACUAUAUAUCCUUCCUAUCUAUGAUCAAUAUUUUAUGAGAUUCAAAUUAUUUUUAGGGUAAAUCCUAUUCAUAAUGAACUUAACCUUUCUUCUUUAUAUCUACUUAGAGGUCAAAGGCUAUAUGAUAGAGAUUGCAAUCAUUUUUUCAAUACUUAGUUACAGUAUGAUUGAGUUAGUGAUUUGGAUAAGGAAAAGAGAUCUACAGCAAAGAUAUUAUCGCCACGAACUGAAAGGUGAAUCUGAUAUUGAAAGGUUUCUACUGCAUUACAUCAAUUGCCUUGAGAAUUAUGAGAAAGACAAAGACUCUUAAAGAUAGUUACUUGAAUUCUUAUGGCAUCAUAAAAAUAACUGCUUCAGAUUAAAAGAUUGCGUUUGCUACGACAUGUUUAAAUUUGAAAUUGAAGAAUAGAAUUCUAACGAAGAUGAUGUGACUGAAAGUCUACCAUUUAAUAGUACUCUGAUUUAAACUAAUGGGAGAAAUUAGAUAGGGCAAAUUAAUGUUGAUUUAGCUACAAUUCUUGAUGUUGACAAACCCUUUGAUAAUGGAAGCUAAUUAAAUUCAGCUUCAUAACAGAUUGAUAUUCAUCAAAAAUACCUCAAGCCUCAAAGUAUGGUUAUCUAAGAUAGCCUUUCAUACAGAAACUUGAAUUAUUUGUUCAGUUUUCAAUGCAAAAACUAUGCUGAGGGCAAUAAGAAAAAUGGUUUCAGCGAUAGUAAAAUUAAAAGGGAGCAGAAUUGUCCUAUCUAAAACAUUGAUUAGAUUAUGUAUGAAAUGGGAUUAGAUAAGUCUGACUACCAUAUAAAAACUUUCAAGAUUAUCCUUUUGCUCUUGUAUGAGAUGAUUAAAGAGUAAGAUAUGAAAUUUGAUUUCAAAAAUUAAAAGAUUAUUUAAAUGAGGGCAUAUUUUGAGCUGGAACAUUUGAAAAAUAAGUUCUUAUGUCACAGUUCAAUCACUCGAUUAUCUUAAUUAAACCUAGGACUUUUGAAUAUGAUCAUGAUGUUAAUUGAUUCCUAGUAUUUGUUAGAAAAAGCCAAAUAAGCAUAUAUUGAUAGUGAGGUAUCAAAUAUUGAUAUGCCUAAAGUAAUUGAUUAAAAUCUAGUAUUGUAUUAAUACUUCUAGAUAAAUGAUGAAAUUUCAAGUGUUGCAACUCAAUUUUGGAGUAGAUUGUCAUCUGAUAGUAAUGAUUUAGAAUCAUUAUACAAGGAAGGAAUCGCUGUUGCUCAAUUAAUCGAUAAAAUAAUGAAUAAAUUCGAAGAAAUUUAGAGUAAAAAUAAACGAAAUUAUCAGAUUUACUAUCAUUAAGCUUGCUUUUAAAAAUAUAUCUUAAACAAUGAUGUGCUAUGUAAUCUUUAUUUACAAAAGAUGGAAUAGCUUAGAGAACUCAAGAUAGCAAUUAAGAAUAAAUAUAAGGAAGAUUCAAUAUUAACUGAUUCUGAUGAAUCUGGUUUUAUUAUAGUCAAAGCUUCAUUUAAGGAAUUCGGUCAAAUCAUGUUUAUUAACAGAACUUGUAGUUAAUGGCUCGGUUAUGAGAACAAUUAUUUAGUCUAAAAGUCAAUUAAUUGUAUGAUGCCUACUAUAGUAGCUGAAAGUCAUCAUAAAUUUUGGAAGAAAUUUAAUGAUUUUGGAGUGCCCUCUUUUAUUGAGAGGGAAUAACAUUUGUUUAUGAAGAGAAGUGAUGGAUAUGUUAUACCUGUUCUUGCUUAUGUUAAGUUUAAUCAUGAUAAACAUUUUGGUCAUACAUUUAUGGCUAUUGUAAAUAAAGCUUGUCAGAUGACACCAUUUAAAAAUCAAAAGAAGUACAAUCCUCAUGAAUUAAUGAUUGUCAUUACUGAUGAGAAAAACCAUAUCAUUGAAGUAAAUGAGACUGUAAAUGAAAUUCUUGGAAUCAAUAGCGCAUUUGUUGAAUAGAAUUCUAGAUAUAUUUCAGAUGCACUCAAGAUUGACCAAGUAUUUGAAAUAGAAUCUUUUGAUUUUGAUAGAACUACUUAGAUAGAGAGUACUUGUGGUCUUAAUUCUACAUUCGCUUCAUCAUUGGCUAAUGAAAAGUUGAAAAGCUUUGACUAGAGUAAUUUGCAAACAUUGACUGACUUCACAGCAGUAUUUUAGUCAAAAAAUAUGAUGUCAAUAAAGAUGAUGACAUAGAACUAUAAGGAAGGAAUCUUGAUUGUUAAAUAUUUCUUUAUUGGGUUAAAUGAUCUUUAAUUCGAGAUCAUGAAAAAUUUGGAAACUGAAAAUGAUACGAAUAAAACAGGCGGUACAUUAAUGCUAGAAAAUCUCAAUCUAAACGAUGAUGAUAUGGUAAGUAUGGGUAGUACUACCACUGUGUAAGAUGGAAAAGAGAUUUAAAAUUUAAUUGAUACUGGUAAAACCCCAAGAAUGCUAAAAUUGGUACUUUAGCUUGUGACUCUCUGCUUUAUUAUAAUGAUCACAAUAAGUAUUACCAAUCUGGUGCUUUUUCUUUCAACUGAGAAAUAAGCACAUAUUUAAAUAGAUGUUACACAUUAGGUCAUGGAUAGAUUAGUUUAUACUUCAAAAGCUCUCAUUCUCAUGCAGUGUUUUUUAAGUUUAAAAUAGAAGAAGCCUAAUGAAAAGUUAUACAAGGCAACUCUUGAUAUUUUUAAUAUUUAAAACAGUAACUUUACAAUCUUGGAGGGUUUAUUGAUCGAUAAAAUUAUUAAAAAUAUUGAUUUAAUCAAGGAAAAAUAGUAUAUUAUUGACUAAAACUAUGGCUAUUUUACUGAGAGUAAAUUAAUUAAAGAUAUGAAGGACUAAAAAUUAAUACCAGUCUGGUCUAUUAGCAGAAAUGGAUAGGCAAUUUAAUAAAAUUAGACUUUGACAACGGCUAUGAACUUAUUUGUGCAAAGCGGAUAAGCUAUAGUUAGUUUUCCUUUUAAUUAAAAUUAUCAGACAAGAGGAAUAGUCUUUGAUUCCCUUGAAACAUAAUUCAGGAAAAUACUUAACAGAUCUUUCACUAAUACCUCGAUAUUUACCUCAGAGGUUAUUGAUCUAGAAUAAUAGAUCUAUCAGUUUUAUAAAACUGGUAUAUAUAAAAUUAAGGAGCUAAACUUUGAACUUGCUGAUGCCUAUAGAAAUGAAACCUUAAAGUAGUUUGAUGGCAACAAAAAUUUAGCCUUGAUGCUUAUGCUUAUCAGUGUGAGCUCAAUAUUUGUGAUUAUUUUGGCGGUAUUACCUAAUUUUUCAAAAAUAGAAAAUAGGAAAUAUCAAGUUCUCAGUUUUUUCUUUCUACUUUAAGAAGAUAUAGUUAAGGUCUGCCAAGAAAGAAGCAAUGUUUUCGAAGAAUAAUUUUAUGACAAAUUUGAGAUAGAAGAAGAGGAUGUAGAAAUGUAACUAUAUUACCAAAAGUUUAAGAAAGUCUUAAGAACUCAUAUUUAAAAAAGAAAUUAGCCGGAAACAAAAAGAUCAAAUGGAAUGCUUAAGUCGAAAACUUUCAGGAAAUCUGAUACUGAAAAUGAAGGAUAUCAGACAGAAGAAUCUUAAGAUAAUAUCAUGAUGGAGAUCUAGCUUUCAUAAAAAAUAGAUAUAGCCAAAUUGAAUUAAAUAAGAAGGAAGGAGAUGAUGAGACCUAAAAUUUCUGAAAUUAAUGAUGUACAUUUUACAUUCUAAAAGUUACAUAGCAAGCAUUUGAAUUUUAGACAGUCUAUAAAUCAGUUUCCUUUGAUAAAUCAGCAAGCUUCCAAGAAAAGCUCUAGUUCUUAGAGCAUUGCUGAUGAACACCCUAAAGAUUCUGAUAAAAAAGUUGCUUUUGCUAGUGAAGACAUGAACAGAUCACUUGGAAACUCUAGAAAAAGAAAAUCCAAAUUCCAAUUAUUCCCUUAAAAAUAUAAUGAUCACAAUCAUAGAUAAAUAUAAUCAAACGAAGAUUAAGAUAGAAAUUCUGCUAAAGAAAUGAUUAAGAGUGCUAGUAGUGAUAAGAAGUUGUAAAAUGACAACAAUUGGAGCUUCAAAAAAGAUAGUUCGUCUCCAUCUAACUCUAUUGAUUAGUAUGAAGAGGAGAACAAAGCACCGACUAGUGGUUAGGGUACAAGAAAUUAGAUUAAUAAGAGAAAGGUAGCAUUAAACUAACCUGGUGAUUCCACUAAGAACAUGGCAAAUCGUAUAUCAUUUAGAAAAAAGCGUUCAAGAAGAGUAGAUUCUAGUUCAAAUUCUUAAGAAGAAAUCACCUCUAGUGAGAGUGAAGAUGAGAUAUAAAUGGGCUUUGAUACUUUUUAAAAUCCGAAUAAUCCCUUCUAUCCAGAUCCCUAGGAGCCUGUCAAUUGUAAAUAGCAGCAAGAUGAGGAUGAUCAUAAAGAAAAAAAGGAUAAGAUAAUCUCCCGAAUUAAGAGCAUUUCUUCAAGGGGAAGAGUUAGAGUUGCAAUAACUCUUCUUUUGCUGGGUUUAAUGUUCUCUUCAUAUUUCAUAGCCAUUUUCAUUUUGUCAAUAAAAACCUUUGACGAUAUCUACUUUGCUGUGAGUGAUCUUGACAGUUUAUACAAAAAGAGCAGCUGUUAAACACAAUUGUUUAUACAGUACAGAAAUGAAAUAUUAAUGAAUAUUGAACCAAAGCUAUUAGAAACAUAGGCUUAGAUAGAAAAAUGUCUUACUUACGAGAGAGCCUACCUAGAAAUUAAGCGUUAAGAUAGAGGAUAUUUCAGUAAAAUAAAUAAACUUUUCAAGGAGCUCGACUCAAGUUUAUUCUGUGAUCGAAUAUAAGAUAAUUUGAUAGAUUCUUCAGAUAAAUUUAUAACUAAAGAAUCAUGUCUUAGGGUUUACAAUUCAGUUUUCAAAAAGGGACUAUCAUACGCAAGCCAAAUAAUAAUAAAAGCAGUCUAAUUUGAUACUAUCAUUUACAAGAGUAUCAGCAUGAGUAGUCGUAAUUAAACAUUCAUGGAAAAUAUGUAUGAAGAAGUAGACAUUCUCACUUUUAUCUAUACUAAAGAAUUCCUGAUAGAUGUAUAAAUGAUUAAAAUUCUUUAGGAUGCUGAGACUUCUAUAAUAUCGUAUUUAGAGUCAAUAUCUAAAGCUUAUGUGAUUGUAUUUUCCAUGAUGUGUAUUUUGGUUUUUAUUGCCUUGAUUUUGUUUUUCUUCGUGAUUUACAAAAGAAUGAAAAAUAUCAUGAUGGAUUGCAACACGCUUUUGAGAAUUUUACCAAUUUCAUAUUUAGACUCAGAGACUCAUGAACACCUUAAAAAAUUUAUAUUUAACUGA